UAUAUACGCAGCGCGGCCGCAGUGGAGCGCACUUUUUGUGUUUGAGCUUGAGCUGCGGUGGAGAGGCUCUGCGCACGGCGUGCGGAAAAUAAUUUUCUGAAGAGGAGGCCCCCGACGAGAGUUACGCGGAUCCGCCAUGCCUGGACGCCCACUUUGGCAGGUUGCUGGCAAGCGUGAAGCAAGCCAAGAAGCUGAAGCCCAGCAAUGGAUGGAGACUGUACUUGGUCGAAGAUUUCCACCGGGCGUUAGUUACGAAGAUGCUCUGAGGGAUGGCGUUCUGCUCUGCAUGUUGAUGAAUAAAUUGCAGCCCGGCUUGAUUUCCAAGAUCAAUACAUCCGGUGGAGAUUACAAGAUGAUGGACAAUCUUAAUCAGUUCCAAAAAGCUUGCGUGAAAUACGGGGUACCUGACGUUGAUCUUUUCCAAGCUGUCGACUUGAUUGAACGUAAAAAUAUCGCUCAAGUGACGAAUACCAUUUUCGCCAUCGGACGAACGACGUAUAAGCAUCCGGAAUGGCGCGGUCCCUGGUUGGGACCGAGACCAGCGGAGGAGAACAAAAGGGCCUUCACGGAGGAACAGCUAAGGGCUGGGGAGGGACUCAUUGGUCUGCAAGCUGGUACCAAUAAGGGAGCUACACAAGCCGGGCAAAGCUUCGGGGCUACGAGAAAAAUACUUCUUGGAAAAUAAUUCCUAGAAUUCACUCUCGUUUCUUUUUUAAUCGCUCGUUAAAAAUAUUAUAUUAACGCGAUCUCUAAAUGGAUAUACCCGCCCCAUUGCAACGUGAAAAUAUUAGGAACGUUUAGUUACAUCGUACAUUCAGCGCUUUUGUGAAAGAACAUACGAAAUGUAUACAGAAACAAUUGAGUUUUAUAAUUCUUUUACGAUUAGAAGCCGCAGUAUAUCUGUCGCGCGAGAAAAGAAUAAACGCAUAAAUGUUAGAUACAUCACAAUUAUUGGGCUUUUCGGCGCGUUCACUUCUAGCACGAGUGUAUCCAACGAAAUGUAUUUUAUGAAGUAAUAAAAAUAUAUACGACAGUGCA